AUGUUUGAAGAUCUAUCUAUCUAUCUAUCUAUCUAUCUAUCUAUCUAUCUAUCUAUCUGUCACAGUCUGUUCAUAUCUAUCUAUCUAUCUAUCUAUCUAUCUAUCUAUCUAUCUAUCUAUCUGUCACAGUCUGUUCAUAUCUAUCUAUCUAUCUAUCUAUCUAUCUAUCUAUCUAUCUAUCUAUCUAUCUAUCUGUCACAGUCUGUUCACAUGUAUGUAUGUAUGUAUGUAUCUAUCUAUCUAUCUCUGUUCACAUCUAUCUAUCUAUCUAUCUAUCUAUCUAUCUAUCUAUUUAUCUGUCACAGUCUUUUCAUAUCUAUGUAUGUAUGUAUGUAUCUAUCUAUCUCUGUUCACAUCUAUCUAUCUAUCUAUCUAUCUAUCUAUCUAUCUAUUUAUCUGUCACAGUCUUUUCAUAUCUAUGUAUGUAUGUAUGUAUCUAUCUAUCUCUGUUCACAUCUAUCUAUCUAUCUGUCACAGUCUGUUCAUAUGUAUGUAUGUAUCUGUCUCUGUUCACAUCUAUCUAUAUAUCUAUCUCAGUCUGUUCAUAUCUAUCUAUCUAUCUAUCUAUCUAUCUAUCUAUCUAUCUAUCUAUCUCAGUCUCUGCGUUUCUUUCUCCGUGUUCAUAUCUAUCUAUCUAUCUAUCUAUCUAUCUAUCUAUCUAUCUAUCUGCAUUUUAAACAGAAGUUGGACAUUUCAAUGCAUGAGUGUUGCACAGAAAAGGGAGACGAAAAAAAAAACUGUGUAAUACUGUUCUGUAAAGGUGUUAAUCACUAG